AUGUCUUUCGUGAGCUCCACUGUGCGAGAUCGGUUGAACACUUUGGUGCGGGCCCACACCAUGAACAAGUUUCUGUGCCACGACGGCGUAGCGGCUGGGGUCUUCAACCACGACUACAGUGGGGAUCCUUUGCACAAGAUUUGCGGGGCAUUCUCCGCAUGCUUGGCGCAAUUCCACAGCGCGGUGCCCCAACAGUACGCCAGCUCUGUGGAGGGAGAGAUUAUUGAAUCGUUCAUGCUCCGACAUGGCGAUGGAGACUUGAUGGCACUCUUGGAGAACACUGUCCCGCCAGCCAAUUUGGGAAGAGUUGGAAUCUUCAACACUUAUGUGGCCCAGUACAAGCAAAAGGCUGACGAACAGAAGCUUGAGAAGGCGGCCCAGCUCCUUGACCGCGACAAUGGGGCGCAUUUUACCUCAGAUGGGGGCCUGCUGGACAUGAAAUACUUGUCCAAGCGUUUCGAGACAGGGCGCCAGGCAGUGGCGGACUUCAUGGAAACAGAGGGGCGGCAAAAGUACAUGGACUUCAAGCAUCUCAACAUGGCGCACGCAGUCUUGCAGGCACUGGUCCUGCUCACAAGCAACACGGGUGGGCUCGCAGUGCAGCAGCGGGGAGUGGAUGGCAGCACAGCCUUGAUCCAGGGAUUGCUGGAGGGGAUGGAGAUUGAAUCUGGCACCCCAAUCUUUCUUUGCGAUUGCAUCCCCAACAGGCCCCUUGGUUUAGCUGCUUGUCCGUGCAACAAUGCAAGUGACACCAAUGAGGUUUAA